AUGGACCCAUCUGCCGUCCCUGCCGCCAAGCUCACGCAUGUCUUCUACGCCUUUGCUUCCAUCGACCCCACCACAUACAAGGUCGUCCCUUUCAACCCAGCCGUCGAUGUGACCCAGGGCCUCUAUCUGCGCUUCAACUCCGCUCUAAAGACUGCCAACCCGGCCAUAAAAACUCUCCUCUCCAUCGGCGGCUAUUCUGCAGGCACCACUGUUUUCGCCAACGCCGCCUCCUCUGCCUCCUCCCGCUCUGCUUUCAUCCAAUCCGCGAUCGCCCUCGCCCGCAAGUACAAUUUCGACGGUCUGGAUAUCGACUGGGAGUUCCCAACGGGCAACGCCGCCCCGUUCUCCGCCCUGCUCACUGAUUUCCGGGCGGCGAUCGAAUCCGAAGCUGCCGCCUCCGGGAAAUCGAAGCUUCUGCUGUCUGCGGCGGUUUCUGCCUACGAGCCUACAAUCACCCAGGCCUACGACGUCCCGACGCUUAACAAAACACUGGACUUUGUUAAUGUUAUGACUUACGAUCUGCAUGGGUCGUGGGAGAAGACGACUGGCAUGCACACAGCUCUGGAGGACCUGAGCAAUUCCCAGCUGAGCCUCAAGGGCGCCAUGACUGCCUGGGUGUCCCGAGGCUUGGCCCGGAGCAAGGCCAUGCUAGGCUUGGCGAUGUACGGCCGAACCUGGACUCUUGCCUCGGCAAGCAGCACUGGGGUUGGAGCUGCGGCCACUGGGGCUGGCCAGACUGGGUCUAUCAGUCAGGAAUCUGGUAUCCUCUUUUACAAGGAAAUCGACCAGCUGGUAACCGCUGGAGGUUACACAGCUACACUCCACACCCCAACAUCCUCUAUGUAUGCAGUAAAGGGUAACCAGUGGGUUGGUUACGACAACCCGUCCACCAUCACCGCCAAGGUUCAGUUUGCCAAGGCGCAAAGCUAUGGAGGGUGGUUCUUCUGGGCUCUGAGCCAGGAUGCAAACAAUGCUCUCCUCAACGCUGCAGCCGCUGCAUGA